AUGGUUCGGGAUUCAUGGGGGCAUCCAUGCACUGGUUCUCCUCUGCAAUUUCUUUGUUGUAAAUUGAAGCGUCUUAGGGGCGCUAUCCAAGCAUGGAACAGGGAGGCCUUCGGGGAUAUUUUUCAGACAGUUAGGCAGCAGGAAGAGGAGGUGAGGCUUGCGGAGUUACGAGUGGAAAGUGAUGAGUCGGUUGACGCUAGGGUGAAUUUACACCUAGCUCAAGGUCGUUUGCGGGCUGCCUUGAGAGUGGAGGAGAUGUUUUGGGAACAGAAGGCGCGGGUGAGAUGGUUGCAGGAGGGAGAUCGUAAUACAAAGUUUUUUCAUUCUGUAGUCAAACACAGAACGGCACGGUCGAUCAUUCACAGGAUUAGGAAUGGUAGAGGGGGGUGGGCUGAGUCAGAAGAGGAGAUAGGUGCUGAGGCAGUGCGGUAUUUUGAGGCUGAGGAGAAUGAUUUGUUGGAGCAGGUUCCCUCUGAGGAGGAGAUUCGUAGUACGGUAUUUGCGAUGGAUGGGGAUAGUGUUCCGGGCCCGGAUGGAUAUACGGGUAAAUUUUUCACGGCUGCUUGGUUGGUUAUCGGUGAGGAUGUGGUUAGAGCAGUGGGUAGUUUCUUCUGUGGGGCUGAGCUGCCGCGUGCAAUUACCGUGACCUCCAUUGUGCUUAUUCCUAAGAUUGCGCAUCCCCAAGACUUUUCGCAUUUUCGCCUGAUUAGCUUGUGUAACUUCGUUAACAAGCUAAUUUCGCGAAUUUUGGCGGAUCGCUUGGCUCAAAUACUUCCUAAGAUCAUUUCCCCGCAGCAGAGUGGAUUUGUUCGGGGGCGGAUCAUCUCAGAUAACUUUUUGCUUGCGCAGGAGUUGCUAUCUAGUAUGGGUAGAACCUCUGAAAAUGCUGAUGUUGCUCUUAAGCUAGAUAUGUCAAAGGCUUACGAUCGUGUCUCUUGGGUAUUUUUUACUAUGGUCUUGCGUAGAUUUGGGUUUGGGGAGCAAUGGAUUGAUAGGGUUUGGAGAUUGGUGUCGAAUAGCUGGUUUUCAGUUUUGGUUAAUGGAGCGAGUGUGGGGUUUUUUAAAUCUACGCGAGGGAUUCGGCAAGGCGAUCCAUUGUCCCCAGGUCUAUUUAUCAUUGGUGUGGAGGUGAUGUCUCGCUCUCUAAAUAAGCUUUUGGAGAAUCGGGAGUUCAAGUGCUUUUCAGUUCCUAGAGGAUGCCCUAAGAUCACUCAUCUUAGUUAUGCUGACGAUGUCCUGGUUUUUUCUAGUACUUGUUCCUCUUCUUUGAGGUGUGUCAUGCAAACGAUUGGCGGGUAUGAGGCAAUAUCGGGGCAGAAGAUUAAUGUUCAGAAGUGUGGUUUCUUGGCUCAUGAUAAGUUGCCUAGCUAUUGUAUGGCGAGGGUUCGGCGGGCAACGGGUUUUGGCCUCAAAUCUUUUCCUGUGCGAUACUUGGGUUGCCCGCUUUUCACAGGGCGUCGAAAGAGUGUGUACUUCAUGGAGAUGGUGCAGUCAGUCAUUAAUAAAAUUUCUUCAUGGAGAUCCAGAUUUCUAUCCAGUGGGGGGCGUCUCAUACUCAUAAGGCAUGUUCUCUCUGCGAUUCCGACUCACUUGCUUGCGGCAGCUUGUCCCCCAAGAGGAGUCCUUGCCUUGGCUGAACGGGCCAUGGCCAAUUUUCUUUGGGGGGAGCGGGAGGGUGGUUUCCGGCAUCACUGGAUCGAAUGGGAUGAUUUGUGUGCCAGCUUGUCUCAGGGGGGAAUAGGUAUUCGUUCGUUACUGGAGGUCCAGUCAGCAUUCUCAAUCAAACUGUGGUGGCGGUUCCGUACAAGUGAUUGUUUAUGGUCGACAUUUAUGCAGGCAAAAUACUGUCGGCGGAGUCAUCCAUGCAUGGUGGGGACGGUGCAGGGUAGCUCAUAUGUGUGGCGCCGCAUGCUUCAAGUGCGUGAGGUGGCGGAGCAAAAUCUUUGGUGGCUGGUCCGGUCUGGUCAGUGUAACUUUUGGUUUGAUAAUUGGCUUGGAUCUGGACCUCUUUGUCAGCGACUACAAAGUGUCUCUGAUCAUCCAGUACGUGAUUUCGUGUUGAAUGGACGAUGGAAUCAACAGUUGUUGCGGCGCUGGGUUCCGGAUGAUAUAGUGUCAGAAAUUGUUACCAAACCUCCCCCAGUGGGGGUCGCGGAUGAUUGUGCGGUGUGGGCAUUGACGGAGUCUGGGGAUUUCUCGAUUGCUUCUUCCUAUGUGCUCCUGGGCAGGCAGAGUCCUUCCUCAUUCAUGUUUAGUAGGGUAUGGCAUUCUUUGAUACCAAUAAAGGUAUCUUUUUUCAUGGUGCGGUUGUUGCAGGAUCGAUUGCCUUUGGCGUCUGUGCUAGGACGAUUGCAUGUGUAUGGUCCUUCCAAGUGUUUUUGUUGUUCGGCCCCGCAAUCCGAAUCUUUGGACCAUAUAUUUGGGGAAGGUGAUGUAGCUCAGUUUUUGUGGACAUUCUUUGGGAACGGUGCGGGGGUGACGUACCGAGGGAGUGGGGCGCGUUCACGUCUGGCUGGCUGGUGGUGUCAACCGAAAUGUAGUUCGCGUUUGGCAUCACUUCACGUACUGGUGCCUAGUAUAAUCUGCUGGCAUAUUUGGUUAGCACGAAAUCUUGCGGUUUUUGAAGGGAAGUGUCUGCGUAGGGAAGCCAUGUGUGAUCGCAUCCUCGCGGAUAUUGUGGGGCUUUUUUGCGGGAAGUAUGCAGGGGAGGCUAUGGGACAUGGAUCUUGGUUGGCAUUUUAUUCCAAUAUUUGUGGAUGGAGGCCUCGUUAUUGCCAUAGUCUGGUUCAUUGGGUGCUUCCAACCCAGGGGGCUUUCAAGCUAAAUACAGAUGGAUGCUCGUUGGGCAACCCGGGCGCUAGUGGUGGGGGUGGUGUGCUCCGGGAUUCAUCUGGUGUAGUGGUGUUUGGGUUUUCGACUCCGCUUGCGGAGCUGACUUGCCUUCAAGCAGAGAUUAUGUCCUUGUUGGUUGGAGUGCAGCAAUGUCUCCUUAGGGGAUUCUUGCGGAUUCAGGUGGAGGUGGAUUCUCUUGUGUUAGUCAACAUACUGCUCAAGAAAUCAAGGUGUCCGUGGGUAAUUCAGCCGGAGAUAGCUGCCUUAGAGGCGAUUCAGGGUGUGGAAUGGUCUGUGGGGCAUUGUUAUCGUGAGGCGAAUCAGGUGGCGGAUGCGUUGGCCAAGGUGGGGGCACGGUCAGAGGAUUUUGUCUUGUAUUCUUCACAGCAAGACUUUCCCAGAAUGGCAAGGGGGGCCUUGGGCUUAGAUAGGUCUCAGACUCCCGCUAUUCAGGUUAGAGUUGCUCGCAAGUGA